AUGGUUAAAGAAUAUACUUGCGUAAAUUUUGCUAAUGGAGUCAGAGAUGGCGAAAUAAAGUCAGCAGUAACCAACGGAAAAUCCAAAGUUCGGUUUGAUUCUGUCGAAGACGCCAUACGAGAUUUUGCGGAAGGAAAGUUUUUAGUUGUUGUAGAUAACGAGGAUCGCGAAAAUGAAGGCGAUUUGAUAAUUGCAGCCGAGAAAGUAACCACCGAAAAGAUGGCAUUUAUGAUACGGCACACAAGCGGAUUGGUUUGUGUGCCGGCUACUCCUGAACGACUGGAGCAGUUAAAACUACCACUGAUGGUACCACAAAACACAGAGAAAAUGAAGACCGCAUACACCAUAUCAGUAGAUUACAGGCAUAAUACCACGACUGGUAUAUCGGCUCACGAUCGUGCAUUGACAGCGCGCUCACUGGCAAAUCCUGAAAACACAGAUCCGAACGACUUUAACCGACCCGGACAUAUAUUUCCAUUAAGAUAUACUGAAGGUGGUGUGUUGAGGAGAACUG